UUCGAGAGGGGCACCCACACGGGCAUUCUUGACACGACGGAACCUUCAGUUGACCCCUAAUCGCGUUGACAAGUUGUCCUGGGCAACUGGAGGAAAAAUCGUUAUUUGGAACCCAGCGGCUCAGACGCGCCAUGCCAGCAGCAGCAGCUAGCCGUCAUCUCAUCCCGGGAAGGAAGGAAGGGGGCGAGCGACUAGUCAUAGUCGGGCGGUAGACGACGUCGGUCCCGUGUGCUCUGUCCCUGCGCUUCCCGACAUGUGAUGGACCCUGCUGUGGUUUUCACAAACAAUCGCACGACGAAGACGAGCCCCGACGGCUGCCGCCGAUGAUUAUUAUUUAACCAGAGUGGCUUCUCCGACGAUUCGUGACACGUGAUGCUUUCGGGCCAGAGUUCAGUUUUGAGAGAGAGAGAGAGAACUCUGUAUAUAACCUUAUGAAAAAAACCAUAUAUGAAAGUGAACUCGAACUACAGUGUUAGUGUUGGUCAGUUAUUAAUCGAAAGACUUUGAUACCCAUAGUCCCGUCUCGUUUCCAAUCGUCUGCUGCUCAACCCAACGCCUGGAAGUCAAGGUGAGCCUAAUAGUUACGGAACAGCCCCGGUUUCUGUUGAUGGUUUGAGGAGCGGACGUUGUGUCUCCUUUGGGGCCGAGGGCGAACACGCACUUCUUUCACUUGGUGACCCCUUUUUUCUCGGACGAGGUGUGCAAUACCAUCUGAACUGAUAGUAUCAAGUCGAAGGCGGCGUUGGUCCCCAGGUGAGAGACUGUAGGGCUGCGUGCGUGACGUCAUGCGAGCCCCCGCACUCCGAGCUGCCUCCUCGUGCUAGCAUGACUUCACAUCGCCCCGCUGGCCAGCCCCUCAAGGUGCGGGGUGAGGUACAGCUGUACUAUGGGUGAACAUUGGCGGUCAGGAUGGCCAGGCGUGAGGGUCAUGGGCCUACACUCCCACCUCCACCACCACCUCCUCCACCUCCUCCUCCUCCUCCUCCUCCCAGCAUGGGCAUUAUCACGCUGCUAGUCCUCCUAGGCCUCCUCUCCUCAGGGGUGUGUUCUCAAUACGGAGACGCCGAGCACAUCACUGCCAUACUGGGCGAGUCCGUCAUCCUCAACUGUCCUGUGUCUCAUCCCAACAUACCUUACAUUAUCCAGUGGAAGAGACAGCACCACAAAAUUCCCAUUUAUAUUUGGUAUGAGGGUUAUGAUCCACACGUCGAGGACAACUACAAGGGGCGGGCAUCUCGAGUGAACCCAGAUACCACCUUUGGUCUUGCUUCACUCAACUUGACCUCUGUUAGAGAAUCGGACCAAGGCUGGUACGAGUGCAAAGUCUACUACUUAGAUAGAAGUGGCGCAACUGACAAUGGCACUUGGAUACACUUAGAUGUUCACGCACCUCCCAGAUUUACCACCACCCCAGAUGAUGUCACUUACGUUAAUAUUGGAGACUCAAUCAUCUUGAACUGUGAGGCUGAAGGAACACCAAAACCAGAGAUAUUUUGGUUCCGUGAUGAUAACGCAGUGAAUCCUUCUGAUACUGUAGGUAUCUUUAAUGAUGGAACUGAACUCAGGAUUAAUAAGAUAAGAGACCAAGAUAUAGGGGAUUAUGUCUGCGUAGCAAGGAAUGCAGAAGGCAGAGUACACCACGAAGCCAAAGUUGUUAUUGCAGGAGGUGCUGUCAUUAUCACACCACCUCACAAUCAAACCAAACAGGAGGGAGAGAAAGCUGAAUUUCCGUGCGAAGCGAAAGCAUUGCCUGGGAAUGUAACCGUUACAUGGAAAAGAGAGGGGGUUGCCAUCAAUAAACUCUCCUGGCUGGAUACUCGCUCCAUUAUAAGGAGAGAUGGUAGUCUAGUCAUUAAUCCAACCAGUGCAGAUGAUGGAGGCUACUUUACCUGUGAGGUUUCCAACGGUAUUGGAACACCUCAACGAGCGACAGCUUUUCUCAACGUAGAAUACCCUGCACGUGUGACGUAUACCCCUACCGUUCAGUACCUACCAUUUAGGCAACAAGGAAUUAUCAAAUGCUUUAUUAAAAGCAAUCCUCCCGUUCAAUUUGUAACUUGGAUUAAGGACAAAAGAUUGUUUGAUGCAGAGAAUGAAAGCACUGUUGUUAAACUUAAUAAUGGGUCAUUACUAAUAACGAAGGUAAAUCAGUCACACCAAGGUCGUUACAGCUGCACUCCCUACAAUCGUCACACUACUGCAGGUUCAUCUGGGGAUAUGGAGGUGCUUGUUCGUGAUCCUCCAAUCUUUAAUCCUAGACCCCAGCCACAGUAUCAUGGGCAAGUUGGUGAGGAAGUGACUUUGGUAUGUGGUGGCCAAGGUUCACCAUCACCAGAAGUCACUUGGAAACGGCGAGAUGGCCAAAAUUUACCGAGAGAUCGUGCCGACCUCGGUAAUGGCAAUCUGACCAUCCGCAACCUACGAAAAAGUGACCAUGCUUAUUAUGAAUGCAUGGUUAGCAAUGAAAUAGCUACAUUGGUAGCAGCAACACAGUUGCUUGUAGAGGGAACAACUCCACAUCCACCAUAUAAUAUCACUAGUGAAACCAAGCCAUUUAGUGUGAAGCUUUCAUGGCUUCCUGGUUAUCCUGGUGGAAAAGAUUGGGAGCAGCACUACACUAUAUGGUAUCGAGUUGAAGGGUCCCGCACUUGGUCUCAAAUUGAUGUUAAACCACCAGGGAGUACAAGUGUUACUAUUCAUAAUCUGAUGCCUGAUUAUACUUAUGAAUUUCAAGUUCAGGGAAAAAAUGCUCUGGGAGAUGGAAUGUUUUCCGAUAUAGUAACAGCUACGACAACAGGUGGUGGAAAUCCUGAAGUGCGCUCGUCUCCUGGGUCUAACUUACCGACAGCUGAACCAGGCUCCACACCCGUAUAUGAUUAUAGCAUGGUUGUGUUCCCAACGGAUUCCUCGGGAUCAACUUAUGUUCCAACGAUAUUGAAUCCUUCAGGAUCGCUUCCGCUAGGCCCGAAGCCGGCUCCCCCACGGAAUGUGACGGUUGAAAAGGUAUCGGAUGGGUUCGUUAUCUCCUGGUUGCCUCCUCUAGACUCAGUUGUACCCGUUGCCUACUAUGACAUCGAAUACCGAGUGGAUGGAUCUUGGAAAAAACUCAAUUCCGAACAUAUAGUGGACGAACACUCGUAUACAAUCAAGAAAUUGAACGCUGGAAAGAAGUAUUAUUUCCGGGUCUUUGCAAAGACUUUGAGAAGUUUUGAAACUUCCCAAGAAGUAAUGUUCCUUGCACCAAUGCAAAACAAAGAAAAGGCAAUAACAGCAGCCUUAGUUGGUGGAAUACUCUUCUUUAUAGUAGCUAUCAUUCUGUCAGUAUGCACUGUUAAAAUCUGCAACAAUAGAAAGCGGAAAAAACAGGAGAAAGAACUACAAUCCCAUAUUUUCUAUGAUCCAGCCUACAACAUCGUUGCCUGUCGGGUUACCGAGUCCAGAAAUGGCGGCCAUGGGUCCAGCCCUGUGCCUUUAAAAAAGUUACUGCGGUGCGGAAUACCAGGUUUAAGGUGGGAGUGGGCUUGGGUAGCAGGUGUGCUACUAGGGGGCAGGCUUCUUGACUCCACGGAUAGCAGGCCGUUAGACACCAGUGCUGCUCCACAAGAUAUAAGUAGUGGUGGCCAAGAAGCAACAGAAGGCACAUCAAGUGAAGAUUAUCGGGAAUAUGGGGUGCAGAGAGGCAGGAGGUUUCCUAGAGAUGUUCGUUACUCUGUUGAACUAGAAUAUUCACAGCCUUUGGGGUGGAUAUCUCGCACAACAGAUGGACGUUUUGUGCUUGACCAAGAUAGUGAAGAAGGAGGCUUUACUUCCCCAAGGAGACCUGCACGAGGGGUAAUAAAUUUAGGUGGUCAAAGUCAGGAUCGUUCUCCAACUAGAGUAACAGAAGAAGGUGGUGUUGAAAGUGGUGUUUACCAUGUACGUGAUGGCACAGCAAGCCGCCUCCACCACCGUCAGCCCCUUCCUCCUAGAUUCAGUCUUCGUUCGGAUGGCUCAGGUGCCAGCACACAUGAGGAACUGCGUCCAAGUGUACAGACUCACACAUCAGCUGGUCGAUGGGAUGGCAUGACGGCACAGUUUUCGCCAAUGUCGCCAGAAUUUGGCAGACAUGUUAUACCUGAGACUCACGGUGAAACUGUGUGGUCUGCACGCUCCAGGCGUUUCAGAACAUCAUCCCCAGGACCUCUAAGCUCCGAGUGGAAUCAGUUAACCCAAUUAGCAUCAUUUAGUGAGGUGAGCAGUGUUCAGCAACCGUCCAGUGUAGAGCGCUCUUUCCCCUCCACUGUUUUGUCUUCUUUCCCAAAUUCAGCACAAGGUACACCUUUGGCACACGGCACUUCAGGUGUCAUUUCUCCUCCAUCUGGAGACUUUCCAAGAGUGCUUCACCAGAAAUACUCUCAUCAGUUGCCAUCACUCUCAGCCUCUCAAGUACACCCAAGGCGUAUUCUUGUGGGAGCCCAAGUGCAUUCUCCUCCAUCACAAAUUCACCCACAAAUGCAAGCAUGGGCAUCACCUUCACAUCCAUCACUGGGCUCCUCUUGGACCACUCCUCUCCGAUCUACGCAUGUGUGGUCAACAACCCGCCCGAUGGGCCAUCCAACACAUUCAACUGGACGACCUGAGCUGACAGUGUUGGAGUCUGGACAGCACAUACAUUCACCACCAAUGGCACGUGCUGGACCAGUCGUACGAGAGGCUCUAGGUCACAUCCAGCCUCCACGCAUACCAGACAUCCCACGCCAUUAUGUUAAUCUUCCUCCGAGACGAGACGCUUAUCAACGAAUACCGGGGCGGGACCCCCCCUAUUUGCUCAAACCUUCCACCUCGGAGAAUCAAAAGCCGCUGGCCACAAGCUCGCCGCCACGCCCCCGUGCUCUUCAGGGAAGGCAACGGGCCUAUGCACUGCCCAGGCCUCGGCCACUGCCUCCUCCACCUCUUACCAGUACAAAAACAAUAGUACCUGACCCCUUGCCCAGAGCAUUGGGCAGGACACGAGAUAGUGACUCCAGCAGUGAUCAACCUGUGACUUAUACUCGUGAACGUUUACAAGAGGCCAUUGGGCGGGUACGUAGUGGCCUUUUUGGAGCAACACCACGCACGAACAGUGCCCCAGAAUUAAGCUCGGCAGGACGCUCUGAAAUUAGACAUAUAUCAGGCCGUCGCUCUAGUAAACAUAGUACGGGGGGCAGUGCUCCAGUAAGCCAUGAACAGUCUCAUGAACAAUCUCAGGAGCAGUCACCAGAUUCAUCAAGUGGGUUUGGUAGUAAAAACACAUCCCAGCAACAAAGUUCAUCACAGUCUGGACAGUCAUUGUUAGCAUUAGGACUGGAUUCAUCUCGUUUAGAAGCUUCAGAAGUGAUGGAAAUGUCAGAUGCUCAAGAUGUAACAUUACAUGCUCCACCUGCUUGGCUUCUGGCAGCUCCUCCUGGGCGUCCAACACCUUGGGUACGCCCUAGGCAUCCUCCUCCGUAUGAGGAAUGGGCAGCCAGACAAGUUUUACCCCAGUUUCGUAUGCCAGUCGUGAUAGGUUCCCGUCACUCAAAUGUUAAGGCAAGUAUGGUGGGGCGAAGGCAGCGGCCUGGAUUGUCAGGGCUAGAUGCUAGUUUAGACUCCGGAAGUUCAGUGAAAGUGUCCCCGAGACCACCACCUAUCACCAUUCCUGUGUCUCCACAGCAGCCAUUGGACAUUAGUGUGGAUGACCAUUAUGAGUUUGAUACAGUGCUGAGUCCUACUCCUGGAGAAGAUGUAGCUGCUGAGUGGUCAAGAACCCGUGUUCCAUCAGGCGAGCGUGGCCUCAGCGACUCUGAGAUCUACGGGUCAGGUGGACGGCGGCGCCAUGAGUCAAUGGAGGCACGGGUUGCUGCAAUGAAACAAGAAUUUAAUGAAUACAGAAGAAGACAAGCACGUCGGAGGCACAGUCGAGAGUUAGAAAGUGUGUGUUAACUGGAACUGAUAAAAAUGCAUGCAGUUACACUGCAGACAUUUCUUGCAUUGCAGUCCAAUAAUUGAGAAUAAAAUAGUCAAGUUAUAUUCAGUGAUGUGUCUUUCAAAUCGUAGGGGAUGGGCAGUGCUCAAUAGGUGCCGCCGUUGUAACCAAUAAUACUCACUAUAGUGACGCUGCUGUUGCUGUGUCUCGAGAAACUGUGCAAAUUGUUGAAUUUUAUAUAUUCCUAUUGGAUCUCUGUUUCAAAAAUUAUCUCAACUUUGUAUUGUAGUUAGAGAUGCCCCUUUCAUGUGAUAACUACAAUACCCACAUGACACGUUCAAGCAAAGUAAGAAGCACAAUUUCCCUGUCUUCACUGCAUCAUCUUCACUCUCUGGAACUACUCACAUAGGUUAUGCUAACUACUACUCAAUGCAAACUGUUUUUUCAAGUUCCUGUGAACAUUAUUUCAUUUCUGAUGUAGGAGAAUUCUGCUCAGAUGUAUGAAACAUUUUAGAAUCUUAAUAGAUUUGUCACAAGAUGUCUAAAAUUUUGUUUCUUUGAUUUUGAAAGUAGAUUGAAUAUAAAAUAUUUGUAUGUAUUUUGUAUAUUUAAAAAUAUUUUUAUUUUAUUUUAAUAAAAUAUCUUUAUUAUGUGUAUUUUAAAAAGUAUUUUAAUUUUAUGAAAAGGAUUCCAGAGUACAUACUUCAUAAAAUUCAGGGAUACCAAAAACUAUGAGUUGCUCUUUUUUGUUUUUUUGCCACAUUGAUGUUUUCACUUGCCAAUAUUUAAUUUAGGAACUUAAGGUUGUCGUUUUGAUGUGAACUAAGAUUGUUUAGCCCUUGCGAAAAUUCUGAAUUACAAAAAGAAAACUACAAGUUUUUUUUUUUUUGAAUGCUUUGAAUAUAGUUUCCAGUCAUUCUUUCGAACUUUCUCAAGUACGUAAUUAUGCUGUCUUGCUACAAGGGACUGCACGUACUCCCUUAAUUUCCAACACAAUUAUGAUUAUCACUUAAGUAUUAUUAUAACGGAUAUGGUUUUUAAAUCACGACAGUCACAAGUGAUGGAAUUCACAAACCAAGUUCAUUGUGAUAUUCUCACUGUACAUACUGUAAUCAUGACAGUAACUCUCUUCCUUCACACUUCACUUCAAUUAUCUUAAUACAUACUUCACUUCAAUUUUCUUAAUACUACCAAAUUAUUUCAGUAAGAUCGUACAUAUUUUAAGUAAUGAAUACUUCAAAAGACAAAUGCUAAUGUGCUUGCUGUUUCUAUAUACUGUACAGCAUAUCACCUGAUUAAUGGGAAAGAUGAAAAAAUUUAUUCCAAUAUGGAUAUAUUAAUGAAUUUUUUGUUUUCAGAGUUUUAACAUUUCUCAGUACUACUCAUAUUUGGUCAGUAUGGUGCAGUACUUUACUUAUAUGAAAAGCUGUUUGGUCUGCAGUAUUUAAGAAUGUUGUUUUGUAAAGGCAUAAAAGUUUAACUGUUGGUAAAUAACCUGUAAAUAGAAUAUAAGUGUUUAAAGCUACAUUGUUCUUUAAUUAUUUUUUUUAGUGAGAAGGUACAGGGAGAAACUUAAAUAUGUAAAAAUGUAGAAAGGUAAAUUAUUUUUUCUGUUCUCAGAAGCUGCUAUCUUUCUUUGACACCGGUCAGUGUUUGUUCCUUAGCGUGAAGUUGAGAGCAGUGUUAGCUCAGUCAUGAAAUAAGGAGGAAAUAACCUGCCCUGAGAGAAUAUUGAUGCCUUUAACAUUCCAUAGCUUUCUGUUCAAACCAUGUGUUGUUUCUUUGUUUGUUUGUUUUUCACACAUUCCUCUUCUUUUCAGAGUGAUAAUGUACAGACUUGUAAACAUGAGGCUCUAUUUUUUAAGCGAUGGCCAACAUUAAUCUGGAAUUGUUUUUACUUCAUAUUUUAUUCAUUUACAUUACAUAAUCUGCAAUUAUAGAUUAGCAAAUAAAAGUAUAUCACUUAGAAUGAUUACCAAAUGCAAAGUUCAUAGUUUAAUACAUAACAUUGUGAACUGCAGAUGAAAUUGAAACCCUCUAUAGCUUUAUUUUCUCACAGAAUCCCGGUAACUAACACCAAUGCAAUAGUGUCUAUUCUUCAAAGAAGCCAGAAUAACAUACAUCUGCAUUUUUUAAGUUUUAUUUUUAUAUUUAUAUGAGAAUCAAGGUUUUGGUAAGGUGUCUCCCGUUCUGAUAAUUCUGUCCACAUUUGAUAUUUUGAUAUCUUUUGUUAUCUUCAGAGGAAAAUAACUACAAAUUGGUCUCUGCAUCUCAUAUUUUCCAUUGUCAUAGCACCAAACAAUUUCUUUUUUCUUAGUUCAUUUGCAAAUAUAAUGAUUGGGAUUUGUAUGAAUUUUCCUGGUUUAGGUUGUCUUAUGCUACUUCAGUGUUCAUUCUACCCAUCCCUUAGUCAUUAUCACUGCCAUAUAUUUAGUUUUAAGUUUCUUUUUUUCUGGUUAACCAACCACAUUUUCAUCAUAAACUUCUGAUCAAAUCGGAUGUUUACUAGUCUAGUAACAAGUGGAUUGGACAAUCGUUUAGUGAUAAACAAAAAGGUAAUUUGCAUUAAGUUUGUUACAAACCUGAACGUAAACUGUUGCUACAGUUCAGCUGUACCUGAAUAUUGAGCCAACUCAAUAAAAAAAAAAGCCAAAGUAAGAGAGACAGAAGCUACUAGCCUCAACCUCCUGCAACUUCUCAUACUUAUAGAUUGGUAAUAUAAUUUAUUGUUGCUUGCAGCCUCAGGUAUGGAUUACUACAUGGCAUUCUUUAGAUAUUUCACAGUUAUCCAUUUCUUAAUUAUUACAGUAUACCUAGUAUCAUGCAUUUCUUAAUUCAAUAGGCUUUCACAAAUGAGUAGCACAAUUUAACUUUUCGUAAAAUUUAUAUAUGUCAAUGAGAUGAUUAUCCAGCGGGUAUAAUUUACCUUGUGAGGUAAAACAAGAGAUCUGUGGGGGAAUACAGGAUAAUAUAAUUAGCUCUGCUAUUGUGACUUUCAUAGAAUGGUGCUCAAAGGUAAAAUAUUAAGUGUGACAUUUUUGACAGCAUCACAUUUUUUAGAUCACAUAAUAGAAUUUAAGAUUGUAUAGGCAUGAGUUUAGUAACCCAGUGAAUUAGCGUGGCCCAGCAUCGUAAUGCUUCUUUUCUUUCAAAUACAUCAUGCUUGCACAAUACUUUCCUAAGUACAGUCAGUUUUACUUUUUUGAUAUUAGGUGUUACUCAUAUUAGAAUCAUCCAAAUUCACUUGGAAAUGCUGUAAAACAUUGAUUGAAAAUGUUUGGGCUGCAUCUCCACAGGGGCAGGUUGCUGGUUUUUAUGUAAUGAUGCUAUGUUCUCUUCAGGUGAAAACAUUUUUUAUUAAAAAUCUUGCGUACUGUAGCUACUUUUGGAUAUAUGUAUAUGAUGAGCUUUCUUUAAAGAUGUAUAGAAUUCUUCAUAAAUUCUGUGUACAUAAUACUCUAUGCGGUGUGAUUUAGCAGUGAUAGUGCAGCUUUUUUGGUUAUAGCUGCAACAACAACAAUUGGAACGCAAAUGUGUGCGUGAAUACAUACACACAUUAUAUAUACGGUACUAUACAUAGUAUUUACAAUAUAUAUGUGUAUGUGUAUAAAAACAUACAAACAUACAUACUAUAUUUUAUAUACAUAUAGUCAUUUAUGUUUCCGGGAAGUUUUCUGUGAUUAGGUAAGUCAACAUCUUAUUUUCCCUGGAGGGAACACAGCGCCCCUUCUGCCGCUCGCCAGUUUUACGUAUAGUCAGUCGUAGUUAUCUAGCUAACAGUACAGUUCAACCUGGACAUUGUUACUGUGUAUGUACGCUCAUGUUGUAUGGCAUGAAUAAGUAAAUAAAUUAUGUUGACAUACAA